UUGCCACAGAGUUGCCACAGAGUUGCCCUGAAAGUGUUGGGUCGUUAUGAUGAUGAUGUCUGGCUUGGUCGACAUGGUAUCAGAACGUGGUCAUCAGAGGGAGAGUGGGCUGUUUCGUAUCAUGGAACUGCACCCGAGAAUAUCAGACGAAUUUGCAGUGGUGGAUACGAUACGGGCACAUGCACGAAGCAAAUGUUUGGUCCAGGAAUCUACUCCACUCCAUCGUUCGCGGUCGCCGAAUCGUAUGCCAAGCAAUUUGUUUUAAAGGGGGUAUCAUACAAGAUGUUACUACAAAAUCGAGUGAAUCUCAACAGUUCUAAUAUCGUGGCAAAGGAGAACAACCACACUGAGGCUGAUUAUUUCGUAACACCGGAUGAUAAGGAUAUUCGCCCAUACGGAGUUUGCCUCAAACAAGUCUAA